UGCAUAGCAGGCACUCACAAAAUAUGUCCUUUGAACAAUAACUAAGUUAUUUAGAUUAUCUCUACAACUUUCUUUGAAAAACAACUAAAAUAUUUGGAUCCCAAUAGUAUAGCAUUUCAGGUGAGAAGUAAAGUACAAGUCAGUGAAAAAGAAUCUGACUCAUAUUUGCAUGCUACCAUAUUUGACUUUAACCUUUUGAUUGUUACCAUGACUGGAAAUUUUCAGUCCGUGCCAAUGAUAAAUGGAAACACAAACUGUUUGGUUUGGAAAUUAGUAGCUCUUUCAAAGACAUAAAAAACAUUUUCUUGAAAGAUGUGAGACUGUAUACCUUAGCAGAUCUUUCUGGAUUAAGACCAGAAUUACAAUAAAAGCAGAAAGAUUUUCUUAAGCAUAUAUAAGACUGUAUCCAAGAGCAAGAGGUUCUGCGUAAGACUGAAAUUGGAAAAAAGCAAUGAAGAUAAGUAUCGGAAAUGGAUGCUAUUCUGCAACAGUUUGAUCAUAAAUUUAUCAUUGAGAUGUAGUAUUAGAAAUUUGGAUUUUUUUUUUUCUGUGAAAAUGCCCACAGGAUUGGAUAUAAUCUUUGUGAUACUGUCAAUAGCAGAGUUCACAAUUGGAAUUUUGGGAAAUGUGUUCAUUGGACUGGUAAACUGCUCUGAAUGGGUCAAGAACCAAAAGAUCUCUUUAGCAAACUUCAUCCUUACCUGCUUGGCCAUCUUCAGAAUCAGUCAAUUGUUGGUAUUAUUGUUUAAAUCCCUUAUACUGGGGCUAUCUCUACAUUUACAUUUAACUUAUACAAUAGCAAAGCUUAUGAGUUUGCUUUGGAGAAUAACUGAUCACUUGACCACUUGGCUUGCUACCUGCCUAAGCAUUUUCUACCUCCUUAAGAUAGCUUACUUCUCCCACCCCCUUUUCCUAUGGCUGAAGUUGAGACUGAAUAGAGUGAUUCCUGUGACUUUUUUAUUUUCUUUGUUUUUCCUGAUUGUUGACUUUCUAUUGUUAGAAAUAUUUAAUGAUUUUUUCUUAAACGUCUAUAUACUAGAUAAAAGCAAUCUUACUUUAUUUAUAGUUGAAAGUAAAACUCACUAUGUUGAAACCCUGAUUCUUCUUAGCUUGACCUGUUUCUUUCCCAUUGUUUUGUCCCUGACUUCAUUGCUCCUUUUAUUUCUGUCCUUGGUAAGACACAUCAGAAAUUUGCAGCUCAAUUCCAUGAGCUCAAGGGACUCUAGCACAGAGGCCCAUAAAAAGGCCAUAAGAAUGGUGAUGUCUUUCUUUUUCCUCUUCAUAGUUCAUUUUUUUUCCAUACAAGUAGCAAGUUGGCUAUUUCUUAUGACGUGGAUCAACAAAUUUGCAAAGUUUGCUGUGUUAGCAGUAUAUAUCUUUCCCUCAGGACAUCCAUUUAUUUUGAUUGUGGGAAAUAGCCAGCUAAGACAGACAAUCUUGAAGGUACUGUGGCAUCUUAAAAGUUUCUCAAAAAGAGAAAAUCUGUUACAGAUUUACAGAUAGACUUUCCAGAGUGUUUUCAAAGAUAAUAAUUUACGAGGAAAUUUCGAGACUAGAUUUUCACUCCUACAGUUUUUUUUUUCCCUUACUGAGUUUCUUCAAGUAUUGUUGCGCAUAAUUAAAUUUUUCCCUAGAACAGAUUGCUUUUGGUGGUAAUUCACACAUGGUCAGCCAAUAUAAUUUUAAAAGUAGUUAUUUUUGUUUGUAAUAUUCUUUGAAAGAAUAUUGGUUACCAAUAUUCUUUCAAAGAUAACCUAAAUUAUUUAAUUUUAUAUGCAAAA